AUGUGCAACUUGAAGAACAUGACACCAGAUCUCGUCAGAGCUCUUUCAAUCUUGUUGGACCUCAUAGAUCUGAACAUCGGUGGUGGAGGAAAUCUUAGAUCUGGACCGGAGCUUGCAAAUCUAGACAACGGUACGGAAGAUCCGGUGAUCUGGUUAGAUCCGAGGAAAAAAACACAAAGAAAAGUUGACGGAAUUAUGCCACCGGAGAUGACAGGCGUUGGUGUGGAGGUUGACGGUGGAUUUGAAGCGAAAACAUCUCGGUGA